AUGGGCGACUUGAGUGACGUUGACGUUCUUGUCAUUGGAGCAGGUAUCUCGGGGAUUUUUGCAGCCAAAUUUUGGCUGGAUAUCCACCCUGAUUCUCGACUGGUUAUUCUCGACAGGGACAAUUGCAUUGGAGGUACUUGGAAUUCGCGACGCGGCUACGAUUCCUUUUGGACUCAAUUCACGAUAGGAACGGGUGAAUUCUCGGACCAGGCCAUGCCACGACCACCGGUCGAGGACGUCUAUCUUGAGUUCUUCAAAGCCAAGCAUACGACGAAGUACCUCAACGACUAUGUCGAUUCGCAUAGCUACUUUGGUCAGACGUUGCGCGAUAGAGUUAAACUCUCAAUCGAAGUACAGUCGGUUCUGAAGAUCCAUAGCGGGUGGAACGUGGUGUCCAAAGAACGAGAGACUCCAAUACAGCACACGUUCAAAACUGCCAAAUUAAUUGUUGCUAGUGGCUGCACUUCAAUUCCUAACAUGCCUUCGCUACCCGGAAGGGACGAGUUUCUCAAUCAAGUUCUUCACCAGGACGGUUUCGGUUCGUCCAAUGUCUUGACCUCGCCAGAUGUCAAGAAUAUCACCGUCCUGGGUGCUGGAAAAUCAUCUGGCGAUAUGGUUUACGAAGCAGUCAAAGCUGGCAAAACUGUCUCUUGGAUCAUAAAAGCUACCGAUACGGCUGGUCCCGGUUUUUUUCUCUCUCCACAAGGGGUAUGGCCAUACAAAAAUGCCUUUGAGAUAGGAAUGACUCGACUAGCUGCAACUCUUACUCCUUCCUUUAUGAAUGGAGUAAACUGGUGGACAAGUCUCCUUCAUUCUUCUAAAUAUGGCCCCAAAAUGAUGGCCGGGUUCUGGGGCUCUGUCGACAAGAAAGCUCGAGCAGAGGCCGACUUCCAACGAAGUAGUCUACAAAACUUUGACAAGCUAUCCCCACACUCACCGAUAUUCUGGCAAAAUUGUACAGGCGGACUUCUUAACCACCACGAUUUCUUUGACACUAUUGCAGACAAUGUUCGCAUUUAUGUUGGUGAUGUUGGUUGCCUCGAGAAAGAUGUACUUUGUCUGCAAAGCGGCGAGAAGAUACCUACCGAUGCUCUACUCUGCGGCACAGGCUGGCAGCCUUCGCUCCAAUUUUUCUCCGAAGAGCAGUGCAGGGAACUUGGUUUACCGCACCUAGUAGCCCACGAGCCACCAAACGAGAAAAGCCACUGGGCGACCCUCGAAGCUGACGCUGACGAAAAAGUUCUCGCCACCUUUCCGCAGCUUGCAAACCCUCCUUCAACCUAUGUCAAGCCUACCACAAAGACCCCAUACCGGCUGUAUCGAAAUAUUGUUCCUUUGUCCAAAUUGGGCGACGCAAGUAAAGAUCGUUCUAUUGUCUUUAUUGGUCAGGUCGUUGUAGGUAACUACUUCCCUGUUGUGGAGUGCCAAUCGAUGUGGGCGACAGCCUAUUUUGACGGGAAACUGGAAUUGCCGGGUGUAGAAGAGCAGGAAAAGGAUGUAGCUCUGUUCACAAUGUGGUGUCGGCGUCGAUACCUUGGUACUGGCCGUCAGGGCAAUACCAUGACCUUUGAGCUCAUCGGAUAUACGGAUACCUUGUUAAAAGACAUGGGUCUCCGCACUCACCGCAAAGGCUGGUUCAAGGAUAUUUUCUCCUCCGUCUGGGCUAGAGACUUUAGGAGCUUGAAAGCAGAGUUCAUGAAGAAGUACGGGUACAAUGAGACCGAGGAAUAG